GCGCGGUUGCCAUGGCGACCCCGGGGCCGGGCCCUUGCGGAGAGGGCGGAGCCUGCGAGGGGUGAAGGCCCGCCCCCUGCUGGCCCGGCGGAGGCAAGAUGGCGGCCUGGGCGGCGCUGAGGCGCGGCGCGGCAGGGUUUUUGAGAUCCUUCUGUUCUUUGGCCCCUGUGCCUUUCAAUGGCGCACGCAAUAUCCACCCUGUUUCUGGGCUGUCUGGACUUUAUAUCCAGCCGGGGCAGUUGUUGGCAACAUCUGCUAAGAGAGCGCUUCUGUCUACUGGCAACAUUUCUUGUGGGCCUUCGGUCUCCAUUGUGAACAGCAUAACCCGCCUGCUGCCACCGAGUAUCCUCCAUCAGCAAGUGAGGACUCUUAUUCAGUUCAGUUUACGGAAAGGGAAAAGGAAAACCGUCAAGGCCGUGGUCCAUCGCUUUCUCCGACUGCACUGUGGCCUUUGGCUGAGAAGAAGGGCUGGUUAUAAGAAGAGGCUUUGGAAGAAAAGUGCUCGACGGAAGUGGCGCUUGAGGCAACAAGUGUUUUGCAAUAAAACUCAGUCCAAGCUCCUGGAUAAAAUGACCACUUCCUUUUGGAAGAGAAGAAACUGGUACGCCAACGAUCCCUUCCAGAAAUACCACGACCGUACAAAUCUACACUUGUAAAGUGUCAAAUGUACAUCAUUUCAAAUGACAUGAUCUUUGUAAGUUAAUCCAGAAACAGGUCACAUUGAUCACGUUUCCAUACAAGUGGACAGACAAUUUCCAUUAACAUACAAGCAGUGUGAAUGAGAUGAACUGUCCAAAGUGGGACGGGGGGCCUUGCUAAAGCCUCGUGCUUGAUAGAGCUGAAUGAUGUAAGUACCUGGCUCCAUCCGUUGUUUUCAAUAAAGCCCUCGAAAUACUA